AUGCUCGACCUCUCCCGCAACUACCUCACAGGCCCCAUCACGCUGCCCGCCAUCAGCAGCCUGCGUGUCUCCAGCAACUUCUUCUCCGGCCCUCUGCCGGACGGGGCAUGCCAGGCUCGCAACUUCGAUGCCAACUGCUUCACACUGCCUUCUGACUGCUCCCUGGUGGUGCAACGAAAGGAAGCAGCAUGCAAUGCGUUCUGUGGCAUAUCCUUUGCAUCAUCCUAUGCUGGUGCUGCUACUGCUGGUGGGAUCAUUGGAAUCCAUUCAGUCAGCCAGCCUAUCGCUCCGCCAACAACCAUGCUCACCAAGGGGACAGUGAAGGAGACGGGCAAGAAGUUCACCGCAGCUCCGGUGACUCUGUUUGUGUACGAGGCAGGGCAGGCCACGUCUGGGUGUGGAGUGCAACUGGCCUUCCAGGCCAACUUCACCUUCAUGCUGUCGCCCCGAUCGGGCCGCAAGGGCAGCGGAGGCUUUGCCUUUGUCAUCUCGUCAACAGACCAAGGACAGCGGCAGGGGGACAUGCGCCACCAGCACGUGGGGUUGAACAUUCACGGACAAAACAGGUCGCUAGCUGCUGUGAAGUCGCCAUUUCCUCUGAACAACAAGAAGCGGUACACGGCAUGGGUGGACUAUGAGCCUGGGGAGCCCGGCACCAUCCAGGUGUUCCUGGCUGCUUCGGAGGUGAAGCCAGUGGAGCCGCUGCUGGAGAGGAGGGUGGCGCUGUGUGAGGUGCUGCAAGCUGGAGCGGAGCAGCAGGCGUUCUUCUUUGGCUUUGUGGCGUCCACUGUGAAGUCGUUACAGAAGCAUCUCAUCCUCAAGUCCGCAAUGCACACAGUGGGAGCCAGUCCCUUCAUGCGCUACAUGAGUGCGGACUACCAAGUGUUGCCCUACCAGCCCAGUGAAUGGCACGUCAGCAGCUCCCACUCCUGGGACUCCAAGUUCUUCCUCGGCUGGCCCGUCAAGAACCAAAAGGACUGCAGUGAGUGGGCAUGGUUAGAAUGA